CACACACACCCACGAUUGGCCCCGAAUCUGAAAAUGGACAGCUUUAUCUCCGCGGGUUCGAGGAGCAGGUCGCGGGGUUAUAAAUAGAGCCUCCAGCCCGGCGGGGGAGAGAAAAUGAGCAUCGGCGUCCGGCGACCGCUCCAUGAUCUCUGUGAGAAGGAUGCUGCAGCAAGCCCUAAGAGUAUCCGGCCGGAGCGCCUCCCCCCUCCUCAAAUGGGUGGAGAGGUGGGCCGAGGGCGCAGCGGCCGGGCCCGACGCGACGACGGUGAGGAGCCUGGACGACAUGCCCGGCCCGUCGGUGCUCGGCUUCGCCUGGGACUUAUUCGCUCGCCGGGGGCUGUCCAAGCUGCACCAGUUACAGCUGGAGGGCGUGCAGCGCUACGGCCCCAUGUGGAAGGCGAGCUUCGGCCCCAUCACGACGGUCCAUGUGGCUCAUCCGGCGCUCAUUGAGCAGGUGCUGAGGCAAGAGGGCCAGCACCCCAUGCGCUCUGACCUUUCCUCCUGGAAGGACUACAGGAAGCUCAGAGGUCAGCACUAUGGACUGUUGACAUCUGAAGGCGAGGAGUGGCAGGAGGUGCGGAGCCUCCUUGCGAAGCACAUGCUGCCGCCCAAGGCGGUCGAAGCCUAUGACCAAACCUUGAACGGCGUGGUCAGUGACCUCAUGGUCAAACUUCGCCUGCGCAGACACCCCGAAGGCCUUGUGACCGACAUCGCCAGGGAGUUCUAUUACUUCGGCCUCGAGGGUAUCUCCUCUGUGUUGUUUGAGUCCAGAAUUGGCUGCCUGGAGCCAGUCGUUCCGAAAGAAACAGAGAUCUUCAUUGAGUCCAUCAACACCAUGUUCGUAAAAACGCUUCUUACAAUGGUAAUGCCAAGAUGGAUACAUUUGCUGUUCCCCAAACCCUGGAACACCUUCUGUCACUGCUGGGACAACAUGUUUGAAUUCGCGAAAGGCCACAUUGACCAGCGCCUUAGGGAAGCAGAGAAAAAAAGCGAUGGAGACAAAGUGGAGGGCCACUACAUUGCCUACUUUCUGUCCCAAACAAAUUUGCCCAUAAAGACUGUUUACAGCAAUAUCACAGAGCUGCUGCUUGCAGGCGUCGACACCAUAUCCAGCACGAUGUCCUGGUCAUUGUACGAGCUGUCGCGUCACCCUGAGGUGCAGGCCUCUCUGCGCGAUGAAGUCCUGACUGUACUGGAAGGCAGGAAGGUGCCCCAGGCAGCAGAUGUAGCGCACAUGCCUCUACUGAAGGCCACAGUGAAAGAAGUGCUCAGGUUGUAUCCGGUCAUUCCUGCUAAUGCUCGAGUCAUCACUGAGCGAGACAUCCAGGUUGGAGGCUACCUCAUUCCUAAAAAUACUCUGAUUACACUGUGCCACUUUGCAACAUCACGCGAUCCGGCCGUGUUUCCAAAUCCAAAUGAGUUCCUGCCACACAGAUGGUUGAGCAAGGACCAGACUCAUCACCCGUACGCCUCUGUGCCUUUCGGCGUGGGAAAACGCAGCUGCAUAGGCCGACGUAUUGCUGAGCUGGAGCUCUACCUUGCUCUCGCCAGGAUCCUGAUAGAGUUCGAUGUGCGGCCGGACCCAAAAGGGGAUUCUGUGAAGCCCAUGACACGGACACUGCUCGUUCCUGAAAAUGUCAUUAACCUGCAUUUUGUUGAACGAUGACCCAAUCUUCUGAGUUGGCUGAGUUACGUGAACGUGACCGCAGCUCUCAAGAGAACAAAGCACGCGGGCAGGCGGCGACCUGUUCGGGAUCAUGUCAAAAUGGCUAAAAGGCCCAAGGGACGCCUCUGGAGGAGAGUACAACGACCGAGGCGCUCCAUGGGAGUUUAACUAGCCUUUAGGUUACGAUAGCGCAUAUUUGCACAAAGUCUGAGAGCUCCCAUGAAUGUUAUUUUACAGAUGCUCGUUAGACCAUGUUUAAUUAUUUUAACUCAACAUGUUAAGCCUUGGGAGCAGAUUUUUGUAUUAGAAUGAAUGAAGCAAGUGUGAUUAAGAACUGUGUUCAUUCAGGAUAUGACCUCCCACACCUAAGUGAUACCUCUUAAUCAAGCACCUAGUCUAAGUGUGUAGUUUGUGCUAUUCUAGUGUGCUAGCAAGGGCGUACAGUGGAAACCCCAGAGUCGAAAAGUCUUCCGUGAAGCUGGUUGACUUUCAAGUUGUUCUAAUUUCUAAAUAGUUUUCACUCUUGUUAAUCAAGUCUAUUAAUGAUGCAAGUUUAUACUGUUACCAUCAUGAAAUCUUUAUUAACUGUACAGGCAAUAUUUUAAGUAACAUUUUAUCACACUCACUAAUGUAAAAAAAAAAAGGUCUUCUGUACAAUAAAACUAAAAUUAGUGAAACUAGUCACCCUCCAAGAGGGAGCACAAGUUGUGUGCAGAGCGAUACUGUCCCCCAGUGGUAUUUUAUAUGAUACCGUUUGCAUUAAUUAGUGGUAAUACAUGUAGUAUUUACUUUAGCAUCUGCUUAGUAAAAUUUAUUUGUGUAUAUAAUUGAUAUUUUAUUAUUACUGUUGCUCAGCUAUAAGCAGCCAGGUGAUUUUCUUUUUUUUUUUUUUAAAGUAGGGCCUUAGUUCCAUUUCCAGUUUUAUGGUUAUCAUCACCUUUUCCUCUUUGGUCAUCUGUAGGGGCAUCACAAAAAAAAAAAGAAAAGAAAAUGGAGUGGUGUUAAUCCUUUUUCUGCUCACUGAGCUGAGGUCUCAUGAAAUAUGCAGAUGUAUUCAACUUUACAUGUGAUGAUCGAAGUCCAAGUUGUGUGUGACUUUUGAGAAUGUUUUGGUUGAAAUCCUAAUUGUUUGACAUUAGUCAAUAGGUAUUCCACUUUGGACCUAAAUUUUUUUUUGUGAGGAUACGAAGAGCGUCACAGAGAAGAGUGUAAAAAAAAAAAAAGCUUUUUGCAUGGUAAAAAAAUUGUGUUUGGACAAUUACAAUCUUGAUGUGUGUUUGUGAAAAUGAUUGUCACAAGGCAGUUAUGGGGAAAACAAAAAUUGGGACAGGGUUCUUUUGAAAACUCUUCACUCAAAUGGCAGCUGUUGGAAACAUUUCUUUGCAUAAACAAACAUGAUGGAAACAUUUUGAAUUCACUAAGACUUUGUAAAUAUGGCUUGUACCGUCAAGGCCAUGCUCACAUUUUUUUUAUUACAGUUUGUAAAUGUAGCAUAGUGUCUGAAUUCUGUAUUUAUUGUAACUUAACAUUGAAUUUUGAAACUGUACAUGACAAUAAAAUUCAAGGUACAUGCA